UGAACCUUAGCGGCAGCGGAAGCGGGGCAGAAGUUCUCGUUCGGACUUUGUUGCUCGGAAACAGUUUUCCGCGCUGCCGUUUGUAUGUUUGUGUGUGUGUGUGUGUGUGAGCGGCUCACACAGCUCAGUUAAACGGAUUGUUAUUGAGCUGCAGAGUGAUAAUAAAACAUGCCUGCUGACGGCUCAGACUCUGCUUCGGCUCCGCUGUCAUUCACAAAUGUCUUGAGCUGAGGGAUGAAGAGUAGAAAGCAGAGGACCGGCAGAGCUGGAAGCAGCAGGAGAAAAGCCCCCAGCGAUGUGUCCCCCUCCACCAGCCUCCCUCCUCUGGUUGAGGGCCAGCUGAGAUGCUUCCUGCAGGUGACGAUAAGUCGGGUGUUAUGGACCGUUCACAAACCCCCUUCUGCAACAUUCAUCAGGCUGCGCUGGUGGGGAGAGUCGACCAACGGGACACACUUCUUCCCAAGAGAUGGAUCGCAGCUGUCACAGAAAACCAUCAAGACCACAGCACGCUUCCCCAUCCGCUGCGGCCCAAAGCAGUUCACCUCAUAUCUUACAGAUAUGGGCUCUUUGGUGCUGGAAGUUCUGACAAAACCGGAUCAUUUGCCAAUCGCCCGGGCUCAGGUCGUGGGUAUCUCCUGUUUGACUCUGUCACACCCAAUUAGUGGAUUCUACACCCUUGUAUCACCAACAUCUGAAAAGCUUGGAGAGUUACAGGUUUCCCUUAAUCUUGAGCCUCUGACUGAAGCCUAUGACAGCAGCAGCUCAGGCCCUGCCACAGACAUCAGCAUCGAAGGGCUGCAAGUCAAGAAACUGACUGUACCAUCACAGCAGCACAGAUCAUUCUCAACUGGCAGCGGCAAAGGAUCAGCUGGAAACACACCAAGAGGGAAGGACCACUUAUAUUUCCAGAAUGCUCCAAAAGGCAAAGAGGAGACCCUGGAGAAUCAGAGGCCAAUAGCAAACAAAUCCCAGAAUAAUCAAACAGCUGUGAACCCUUCAAGUCAGGAGUUUCAUCAUGGACAAGCAACCAAUGAUCUCCUUUCAGUUAUUCUAGAGCGUGGAAACAAGCUAAGAAAUGCAAUGGUGGUCUCUGCUCUGAAAUGCGACAUGGAUUCUGCACCGGCUCUGAAGGAUACCCCUCUGCCUCUCCCAAAGGACAACAUCCAGCCACCUUCCCAGUCAAGGUCUUCUCCAUCUCCCUCUGGGAUGUUUCUUGAAAAUAUCCUGAAUGCAGAUUCGCCGCUGAAGCCCUCUGAUGAUGCUGCUGUCGUCUCAGAAAACGGCUUGGACAUUUCUGCAGACAUGGGCAACAGAGCUGUGGAUCUGCUUCUUGGCAGCUCAAUCACAUCUCCUCUGCCUCUCUGGGACGGACAGGGCUCCUCCUCUGGAUCUCUGUCUGAUGACGGAGAUAGUGAACUCAAUGAUCCACAGUAUGAUCAGAGCUUAUUGGAAAACUUGUUCUACAAAACUCCUAUCUCUGUUACCAGAUCAGAUGACACUGUGGAGGAACCUAAAAAAACACCAUCCUCAAGAAAAAAUCGGCCAAAACAGCCGACACAGUUAGGACCCAGGAUUAAUAAAGAUUCAAAUUCAGAGCAUCAGCAGUCUGCAGAUGCUGCUGGUGAGUGUCCUCACCUGAGUGCUGAGCUGCUGAGUUUUCUGAGUUUGAUCCGGAUGGCGAAAGUGACCAUCGACUCCCUGACUGUACCUGCCAGCAGCUCUAGCACAACACCCAGAAAGACCUCCAGUAAAGCUAAACCUCCUCGACCAAUAAUCAGCAAGAAGUGUACGUACUUUGUCGAGUACGUCUUCCCGAUGACCUCCACUUCCACUCGACAUGAUCGCAGCAAAACUGGAGGUGGGGAAGUGACCAGAGCUGUUUCUAGUAAAGUCACAGGAGGAGCGGUGAGGUUCCACCAGCUGUCUGUGUUUCCUGUCCACUUCAGUCCAACAACAGUUAAACAGUGGUGGGAAUCUGAUCUGCUUUUCAAGAUCUACUCACGAAAGAAUGACCAGAAGAAACCUGUUGCCAUCGCUAAGGCGGUUCAUCCACUGCGGUGUCUGCUGGAGAGCAAGCAGCUGAGUCAGACUGUUGUCUUGCCUGUUCAGAGCUUGGACAAGAACAGUGAAACACACCAGGUUGGACCUCUCAAGGUGUCACUGGAACUUGGAGCCGACAGCAAAGGCUUCUCCUCUGAACAUUUUAAACGCAAGCUGACUUGGAGAGACAUGUCUCCUUCACAAACUGCACACAGUCCAGAGAGAGAAGCCAUCUCCACAUUUCAACCUGCUGGCAGAGAGGAGUUACCAGCUCACUCUUUAGAGGGCUCUAGGCUGAAUAUAUGGACUCCCCAGAAACCCUCAAAUGGACCCUCUCCUUAUCCCGGCCUCCACACAUCUCCUAAAUCCUGGCAGCAGGUGGACGAGGACCCCGAGGUGCUGCUGCAUGCUUUACUCAUGGUACCAGAUGGGAGGAACUUCGGUGGUGGGCCAGCACAAGCUCCAAAUGUGUACUUGAACUGUAAACUGUUCUGGUGUGAUGAAACGGCGAGAUCCGUCGUCAGCUGGGGUCAGGCAAACCCCUCGUUCAACUUUGUCCAGGUGACACCUGUGGCCUUAACCACUAAACUCCUGGAGCGGAUGAAGAAUAAUAUGAUGGUGAUUGAAGUGUGGCAGAAAGUAGGAAGCUCAGGACAGGACCGACUCCUCGGUCUUGUGAAAUUACCUCUUCACCAGUUCUACAUGUCAUUUAGGGACCCUAAGAUCGCCCACCUCCUCCUGCAGGCUCAGUACCCAGUGCUGGGGGUGGACUGCUACAUGCCUGUCAUCGAUGUGUUCUCUGGUAGCUGUAAAGGAAACCUCAGGGUUGUUUUGGCGAUGGGUCGAUCGGAGCAGAUAGUUUCCCUCCAGCGCACAAGAGAUGAAGAACAUGAGUCUUUGUCACAUCUUCUGAGACCAGUUCAUCUGCUUGAUCAUCAGCCACACUCUCAAACGAAGGUGAAUGCAACACAAAAAGAAUCUAUGAGAGAGCAUGUGUUUGUGAUAAGAGUGGAGAAGGUCAGCGGGUUGAUGCCUCUACAGUCCACAGUGUGGGGUGAAGCUGACUGCUACAUCCAGUACAGUUUCCCCUGUCAGGAGGGUGAUGAUUCCACAAAUCUGGACCAAGACCUCAUAGAGAGCAGCGUGAAUUUGAAGCCGUUUCGCACCACUGCCACUCUCUGCAUCCCUGAUCCGAUGUUUGGUCACACUGAGACUCACGUCCUUGUGGCUCCUGAAGGAGUUCCUGUCCAGAGGCUGCUGCUCAGCUGCCUGUCAAGUCGAGGCCUGAGUGGUGGAGGGGGCGUCCAGUUUGAAGUGUGGUGCAGAUAUUACUAUCCAAAUGUCAGAGAUCAGCUUGUGGCCAGAGGGAUGCUUCCUCUGUCCAAACUGUGUGCCAUGGUCACCAUGCAGAGACAACAUCCGAAUGAGGCUCAAAUGUUUUCCCUGCCUUUGAUUCCCAGGACGGACGGUCCAACAGGACUGCAGCCUCAGCCUUCGGGUUUGCUGGAUGUUUGUGUUCGAUACAAGCACAGACCCAUAAGACCUGAAGGGCAGUGUGGUAGAGGAGCUGCUUCCCGUGUUGUGACGCUGGUGGUUCAAGUGCAUCGAGCAUCAGGUCUGAAGGCAGCAGCGAGGGUUUUGUCAGAGCAAGAUGAAAGGUUCAGUUAUUUUGCUGGCGUGGGGGUGAACUCUUUCGUCACAGUCCAACUUUCCUUCUUGCCUGAGAGCGAGAGGAGAUGCACCCGCACAGCAGCCAGAACCUUCUGCCCCGAGUUCGACCACCACAUGGAGGUUUCCUGUGAUCUGCUGCUUCAGAGGAGCAGCGGAGAAACCUGCAGCCUGGCUGAGCAGCUGGAGCUGGCUUCUGCCGUCUUUACUGUGUGGAACAGAGACAGUCGCAAAGCUUUGGAUAUUUCCAAACCUAAAGAUGUGAUGUUGGGCACAGUGAAAAUACCACUGGCUGAUCUCAUCCAUAAAAGAACAGGUAUUUCCGGCUGGUUCGGAGUGUAUAAAACUCAGGAAACAAGCUCUUCUCAGCGGCAGCACGUCUUGGUCGGAGGGCUGGAAGUCUCCGUCAGCUUCGCUCACCACGCAGACAGAGAAAGAGCCAUUAAAGCUGCUCAGGCUUUGGGCUGGGAAAUGCCUCAGAGUGAUAGUGCACUGCAGGAAGAUGAAGAAAGCUGGGAGGAAAGCCUGAAGAAGCUCUCUCUGACUUUUUCUAUGCCCAGAGUGUGGAUUCCUGUCCACUGUUUGCUUCUGCCGGGCCACAGUGAACUCCAGCGCUCCACCUACUGCUACUUCAGAUACAAGUUCUACGAGCAGGAAGCCUUCUGCUCUCAGAUGAAACACCCCUGUGUCGAGGAAGGAGGGGAGGAUGGCCAGGCCACGGUGAGCUUUGAAGGAAGUCGAAGCGUGGAGCUGAAGGGCACUCAGCCUUUAAUGUGGUAUCUACGAGAGGAGCGGCUGGAGGUGCAGGUGUGGGUCGCCUUUAAGAAAGACAAAACCAGAAGGCCCAGUGACACAGACCGACUGGUGGGAUCUGCGUUUGUUGAUCUGUCAUCUCUGGCGAAGACAUCAAAGCAGAAGCUGACUCUAAGUGGAGUGUACCCGCUGUUCAGGCGCUCAGCAGCAGAUCUCCAAGGAGCAGCUCUCAGAGUUCACAUCACCAUGACGGCAGGUUCUGAUCCCAGAGAGGUUUCUGCUGGAGCCGACACCCAGCUGGACUCUGACAGUCUGGAGGAGCUCCUAUUAGAAGAAGCCGAAGCAGCCGAUCGAGUCCCCUCGCCCACGACACCCAGAAAAACAUACACUCAAAGCAAACACAGGAAUAAAUCCUCCAGAGCCACUCCAGACAUCACAUCUGUGCAGCACAUAGAAGCAAGCAUAGAUGAAUCCUUCCCUGUGACGGUCGCAGUGGACCGAGCCAUGCACCUGAAUCUGAAAGGCUGUCCUUUAGCAGAGCGCAGUGAAGGACCGCCAUGCUGCUGUGUUUCAUACAUCACUGCUGACUCUGCUGAACCGGUUUCCACUGCUGUUAUAUCCAACAACGACUGUCCUGUCUGGGACCAUCAGCAUGAGUGCAGGCUUUUGAAGCAGCUGCUGACUGAUUUGCAACAGUCUCUGGUGUUUAAAGUCUGGCACAAAGGAGAGGUGGAGAGGGUGAUUGGUUUUGCCUCUGUAGACUUGUCCCCUUUACUCUGUGGAUUCCCAUCAGUGUGUGGUUGGUACAACAUCACAGACUUCAGUGGUCAGUGUCACGGCCAGCUCAAAGUGUCCGUCACUCCAUUAAGAGGGGUUCAAGAUCUUCGUGAACAGAGAAAAACUGUAAAUGAAGAAGCUGCCAAAAGCUCCCCGGCUUUGUUCCAGACUGUUCCUCUCAGCUACCAAACCACAGCCACGUACAGCAGCUUCCCCUCUCACAUCAGCAGGUACACCGAGCAGAAGAUCUCAUCCCCCGACCACUCGGACAGGCUGUUCUCUGAAAGAUCCAGUGAGAGCGAUCGUCACUUUGAGCACAUGGACAAAGUGCGUCUUUACCAUCAGAAUCUACAGGAACAGACAGCAUCUCAGUCUGUUUGCAGCAGCAGUGGUGCUGACAUCAAUCCCUCCAGCUCCUUCUUAUUUUCAGCACUCAGGAGAAAACUCAGUGAGCUCGACAACAUUCAGAGGUACUUCAGUCGAAAGCUUUCAACGCCCACAUUCCCCCCUCCGACUGAGCAGGACUGCAACACCAAACACGAGGGACAGAGGGACUCAGAGACCGACUCAAGUCAGCUUCUUCUCAAGUCCAACCAGUUAGUCGGAGAAGUCAACAACAUCAUUAGUGGUUUACGAGGACACCACUUGGAAACGAUUCCCUCCGACCCACAGAGCAGCUCAACAACUUCCCCUGUUGGCGACAACAACCCUCAAACUUUCCCUGAGAGCAUCUCCAGUCCACACAGAGUUUGUGAUUGUUCCCCAGAAAUCCCGUCUCCUCUGCCAUCACCGCUUCCAGAGAUGUCUGAGGACCAAACGGAGUCCGAGCCUGAUGAAGAAAAGGACAAACGAAGCUACGAGGUUAACAUAUCUGAGGAUGAAGAUGAAGAACAGACGGGCUGCAGAAGGGACGAUGAUGCGGAUGAUGACGAAGAGGAAGAUGAGGAUUACGAGGAGGUUGUGGUGAAGCCGAGGACUCUAAACGAGGUCACUUCACUAACAGACAAAACCAGUCCUUGGACCAGCAUCAUGUCGGACCCUGACCUGGUUUCUCUGAACAGUCUGGAGGCACCAGAGGAAGCAGACAUGAGUGAAGACGAGGAAGAGGAGAGGCAGAUGGUGAAUCCAAAAAGCUACGACUCUAGUGAGAAACAUAAAAGUACCAGACAGGAGGAAAGUGAUCACCAGAGUUUUAACGGAUCAAAUGAAGGCGAUUCAGACACAGAAACAGAUGAACAGACGCUAAAAGUUUUAGAUGACAAGGAGUCAGGAGACGAAGAUUCAUCAUCACCUGAACAGGACGCCACAGACACCCACAAUGCAUCAUCCUCCCUGGACAAUCAAGAUGCACACCUCCAAACCUCUGUCCCCGUUGAAGUCCCUAAUUUCUUCCUCCCCUCUCACCAACUGGAGGCCUCGAUGCGGGCCAUACGUUUAGCUCCUUCUUUCUCCCACACGCCCAACGACUCGAGUUAAUGUGGCACCACCUGUUGUGCUUCUUAGUCCCUCGAAUCUGCAGUUUUGUGAAAAGAACAAAGGAAUGAUGGUAUCUUGAACGCUCUCUUCAGGGUCCGUGAUGCAACCGAAUGUCUGCGUUGUCUUUUUUUUUUUUCUCUAAAUUGCAUGAAUGAAACUCUCCCUGCUGGGCUGAGCCUUAACAUCUUUAACAGUCAGAACUCAGACGUCUGAGCAGACCAGACUGUUACACAAUAAAAACAGAUGGACAACA